UUUAUAUGGUCAUUACACUACAGAAACGCGCGAAACGCUCAACUCCAGGAUGGCGGAUAACGCAUCGAGUCCGUUCGCGUCGAGCGGCGGUAUGGACAUGCCGAGCAGCCCGUCAGGUGGCGACCUGCCGCCAUUUCAAAACGAAACAGACGAAUUACUGGGAGACGAGAACGAGAACGAGGAGGAGACGACGAGAAUAGACGAACAAGAGGGAGAGGAACUGUUUGGAGAGGCAAUGGAGCGCGACUACCGAGCAAUUCCUGAGUUAGAUGUUUAUGAGUCAGAAGGGAUGGACAGCAGGGCGGGAGAUUUCAGUUUGUCGCCUGGAGCGAGAAGGGAAGCGGAGAUUGAGAUGAGGAGGAGAGAUAGAGCUGAGAGAGCUGCACAGGGAAGAAUGAGGAGAGGAUUACUUUAUGAUGAGAGUGAAGACGAAGAUCUUGAGCCUCCAACACGAAGACGAAGGAUAGCAGGAAGAGACGACAGAGACAAAGACUUUACACUCGACGAUGAAGAAGAGCUUCCAGAAGUAAUCGAGAACCUCGAAGACAUGAAGGGUCACUCUGUACGCGAGUGGGUGUCACUUGCAGGACCUCGACUCGAAGUGAAGUCUCGUUUCAAGCUUUUUCUCCGAACGUUUGUUGACAGCAAUGGACAGAGUGUAUAUCGAGAGAAGAUCCGUCAGAUGGUUGAGAGCAAUAAGCAGAGUUUGGUUGUGGAUUAUAACGUGUUGGCUACUGAAUAUCAAGUGAUUGCUUAUUUUCUUCCCGAAGCUCCAACUGAAAUGUUGAAGAUAUUUGAUGAGGCUGCAUGGGAAGUCGUUCUUGGUCUCUAUCCCAAUUAUUCUCGUAUCCACAACCACGUGUAUGUUCGAAUUGCUGAACUCCCCCUAAUGGAAGACCUACGUUCACUCCGGCAACUCCAUCUUAAUCAAUUGAUCAGGACUGGUGGAGUCAUCACCAUGACGACAGGCGUGCUGCCACAACUCAAUAUGAUCAAGUUUGACUGUCCGAAGUGCGGGUUCAUUCUCGGACCAUUCUAUCAGAGUCAAAACCAAGAAAUCAAGCCAGGAUCAUGUCCGGAGUGUCAAUCUAAUGGACCAUUUGAAAUCAACAUGGAACAGACAUUGUAUCAAAACUACCAGCGGGUAACCAUCCAGGAAAGUCCCGGCAAAAUCUCUGCCGGCCGUCUGCCUCGCUCCAAGGACGCCAUUCUAUUGGCCGACCUGGUCGACUGCUGCAAACCAGGGGAUGAAAUCGAAUUGACAGGUGUGUAUAGUAAUAACUAUGAUGGUUCUCUGAAUACAGCAAACGGAUUUCCGGUGUUUGCAACGGUGAUUGAAGCUAAUUAUGUGAGCAAGAGAGACGAUAAACUCGCGGUCAGCAGUCUGACUGAUGACGACCAUAGGAAGAUCAUUGCAUUGUCUAAAGACGAACGAAUUGCAGACAGGAUUGUUGCUAGCAUUGCUCCAUCAAUUUAUGCCCACAACGACAUCAAGCGAGCUCUCGCUCUCGCUCUGUUCGGAGGAGAAGCCAAGGACCCAGGCGGGAAACAUCAAUUACGUGGUGAUAUCAACGUUUUGUUGUGUGGCGAUCCCGGCACUGCCAAGUCUCAAUUUCUGAAAUACGUGGAGAAGACUGCGCCUCGUGCUGUAUUCACCACCGGGCAAGGAGCGUCCGCUGUUGGUCUCACAGCAUUCGUACAACGAAGUCCGGUGACGAGGGAGUGGACGCUUGAAGCUGGAGCUUUGGUUCUUGCUGAUAAGGGAGUCUGUUUGAUUGAUGAGUUUGAUAAGAUGAAUGAUCAAGAUAGGACGAGUAUUCAUGAAGCGAUGGAGCAGCAGAGUAUCUCGAUAUCUAAGGCGGGCAUUGUGACGUCUCUUCAAGCUCGUUGUUCGAUCUUAGCAGCUGCGAAUCCGAUUGGAGGACGAUAUGAUCCGACGAUGACGUUUGCUGAUAAUGUUGAUCUCACCGAACCAAUUCUAUCUCGUUUCGAUGUUCUCUGUGUUGUCAGAGACACAGUGGAUGCCGUCGAGGACGAGCGAUUAGCCCGGUUCGUUGUGAACAGCCACGUUCGUCACCACCCAGCAGCUACAAGUGGUGACUAUGAACAGCUUGAUGAGUCCUUAUCUGCCGAUGAGAACAGGAUUCCUCAAGAUUUGCUGAAGAAAUACAUAAUAUACGCAAAGGAAAAAGUCCAUCCCAAGUUACACAGAAUGGAUCAGGACAAAGUAGCUCAACUCUACGCACAACUACGAAGGGAAUCAAUGGCCACUGGUAGUGUUCCUAUCACCGUGCGUCAUAUUGAGAGUGUCAUUCGAUUGGCGGAAGCGCACGCAAAGAUGCACUUGAGAGAGUUUGUGUUGGACGACGACGUGAACAUGGCCAUCCGUGUCGUCCUGGAGAGUUUCAUCGACACUCAGAAAUACGCAGUGAUGAGAAACAUGAGAAAGGCAUUCGGUCGUUACUUAACAUAUCGUCGUGACAACGACGAGCUCCUACUAUUCAUUCUAAAGCAACUGGUACAAGACCAGGUGAUGUAUCAACGCAGCAGAUUUGGAGGCGAACUCGACAUCGUCGAAGUGCAAGAAUCCGACUUUACAGACAGAGCUAAACAGAUGGACGUCCACAGCAUCGCUUCGUUCUACGAGAGUCAACUGUUCAAGACAAAUCGUUACGUCUACGACCGAAAACGGAGGAUGAUUGUGCAGACUUUGUAGUUUAGAUUUCGGUGUCUGUUGCUUGCGGAUCGAACUCGUAUUCGCCCUGGUGAGAGGGAGAUGAAGGUGGUUAAUAUAGAUCAGGGUUGGAAUGUUGUAGGGUUUACUGUGAAAU